GGAACAGACUGAAACACACAGAUAGAGAAGAGAAAGAGAGAGACUUGAACCAACCUCUGACUGCUUACCUCUCUCGCCUCUGCCUGGCUGACUGUGUGGGAGACUGGAGGCAGCCCACAAGUGAUGCCUCGCACAUUCGGAGCAGCAGCACAUAGUCAGGACUUUCUUUAGGUCUCUCUGUUGUUUUUAUUUCUCUUCUCUUUCUACAUUUUCCUCUCUUAUCUCCGAUUCAAUGAUGAGGAGAGACCGUCUCUUCUUGGCCGCGACCCUCACAGCCAUCUUCUCCGCUGACCUUUACUUCAUUCUCCUGCCAAAGCUGCGGAGCAUAGGACGAGGGUCAGGACAGUUUUGCUCAUGUGGUCCCAACAACCUCACCCUCCCCAGGCAGGAGGGUCUCGCCACCCCGCAGCUGUCCAACUGGACUUCUGGGUCACCUCUGGUUGGCGCUACGACCGACCCCACAGACGGAGGCUCAAAGCUGGCCAGGCUGUUUGCUCACCCUCUGUAUAACAUCCAGACUCCGGCGCUGGGGCCAGAGGAAAGGCUGCUGCAGGCGGAGCAGCUGAUGGAGUACUACAGGAGGAAGGUGUCACGGUGGGAAAGGCACAUGAAACUCUACAGCGAAGCAGCAGCUGUCUCCAACCUCACUGUGACCGAACACGAAGUGACCUUUGACCCCGACGCCACCUGGCUGAAGUUCCACCUGGGAAUAAGCCGCUAUGCUCUGUACUCCCGCGAUGACCCUGCUAUCCCGCAACUGCUCAAGGACAUGGAGAGCAUGGCGGUCGUCAGCGCAGACUACACUCAAGAUGAGAAGGCCCUGAAGGGAGCAUGCGAUUGUUCCCAAGUGGUGAAGCCCAGUGGGCAUCACCUGAAACUGGCUCUGAAAAUGCGUAACUUUGCCAAGGCCAUGUUCAAACCAAUGAGGCAGCAGAGGGAUGAGGAGACUCCAGAGGACUUCUUCUACUUUGUUGACUUCCAGAGACACAACGCAGAGAUCGCUGGCUUUCACCUGGACAGGAUCCUGGACUUCCGGAGGGUCCCACCGGUGGCUGGCAGGCUGGUAAACGUCACAGGAGAAGUCCUCCAAGUCACCCACAAUGACGACCUUCGAGCUGUCUUCUUCACCUCACCAGCGAACAACACGUGUUUCUUCGCCAAGUGCCUGUAUGUUUGUAAGACAGAAUAUGCGGUGUGUGGGAACCCUGACCUACUGGAGGGCUCCCUGUCUGCCUACCUGCCCGGCCUCAGCAUCGCUCCCCGCAUCUCCAUCCCCAACCCCUGGAUACGAUCGUACACUUUCACCGGAAGAGAAGAGUGGGAAGUGAAUCCUUUCUACUGUGACACCAUAAAGCAGCUGUAUCCAUAUAACUCCGGCAACAGGCUCCUCAACAUCAUAGACAUGUCCAUCUUCGACUUCCUCAUAGGUAACAUGGACAGACACCACUAUGAGAUUUUUACCAAGUUUGGGGAUGAAGGAUUCCUUCUCCACUUGGACAACGCCAGAGGGUUUGGAAAGCACUCUCAAGAUGAGAUGUCCAUCCUGGCACCGCUAUCUCAGUGCUGCAUGAUAAAGCGCUCCACUCUGCUCCGGCUCCAGCUCCUGGCCCGACCAGAGUACAGGCUCAGCGACGUGAUGAAGGAGUCCCUUGACGGAGACCCUUUACAGCCGAUCCUGAUGGAGCCUCACCUUUUAGCGCUGGACCGCCGGUUACAGAAAAUCCUCCGAGUCGUCCAGCGCUGCGUCCGGAGGCUGGGCGAGGAUGAGGUGAUCACCAAGGACUUUAUCAAAUCCACAGCGAAACCUCAGACUGCCACAGAGAUGAAAAAGACCAGGUAACAGAGGAUGAUAGGCUCGUCCCUCCUGCUUUUUGUACCACAGAAGACUUCAUGGUGAAGCACAGUCACCU